AUGUCAGCAGGAGGAGGAUCAGCAAGCAGUACUACCAAUGCCCAGCAGGAGGAGGCAUCAGCAGCAGUACUGCCAAUGUCAAGCAGGAGGAGGGUUCAGCAGCAGUACUAUCAAUGUCAGCAGGAGGUCAGCAGCAGUACUUACCAAUGUCAGCAGGAGGAGGGUCAGCAGCAGUACUACCAAUGUCAGCAGGAGGAGGGGUCAGCAGCAGUACUACCAAUGUCAGCAGGAGGAGGGUCAGCAGCAGUUACUACCAUGUCAGCAGGAGGAGGGUCAGCAGCAGUAGUACCAAUGAGGGUCAGCAGCAGUAGUACCAAUGCUAGCAGGAGGAGGGUCAGCAGCAGUAGUACCAAUGUCAGCAGGAGGAGGGUCAGCAGCAGGCAGUCAGCAGGAGGGUCAGCAAGCAGUAGUACCAAUGUCAGCAGGAGGAGGGUCAGCAGCAGUAGUACCAAUGAGGGUCAGCAGCAGCAGUACCAAUGUCAGCAGGAGGAGCAGGUCAACAGCAAUAGUACCAAUGUCAGCAGGAGGGUCAGCAGGUACUACCAAUGCUAG